AAUUCAUGAAUUUUGAUAUAGUGUUCUUAUUGGUGUCAAUUUUAGUGAUGGGAGGAAGUUAUUAUUUGUUAUUUGUAAAGAAAAAAGGUAAAACAUAAGUAGUGGGUUAAUAAGGUUAACAAUAAGCACAAGGAUAGUAGUAAUAAUAAUAAUAAGGAUUAUAACAAUAAUAAUAAAAUUAACAAAGAAGAUAGAUAAAUAGAGUUGAAGUAGAAUCAGAUGAUGAAUCUGAUCGAGAAUUAGAUAUUUAAAAUGCAGAAUAAUAAGCUAAAAGAGAAGCCAGAAAGUAAAGGAAAUAAUAACAAUAAUAAUAUGUUCGAUAAUAAAUAGAAAUGUUAGAAAAGAAAAAUGAAAAAAGAAGCAAAGAAUAUGAAGAAAAAGAAAGAUUAAGAGAAUAAUAAGAAUAAGAAGAAGAAGAAUGGAGAAAAAAGAUUGAAGCAGAUCAAAAAUAGAAAGAAUAGGAAGAAUUUGAUAAAUGGAGUGUAUAUAAUAUUAAUUUUUAUAAUAGAGUAUGUUUUAAGUAGAAUAGAGUGGAACAAUGAAAUUAUCAGCGGAAGAAGAAGAAUAAAAAAACAAAGAAUUUAAUGAAAGAUUAGGAAAUUAUAUAAAAUUAAGAAAAGUAGUUUAAUUAGAAGAGGUAAGUGCAGAGUUGGGUAUAAAUACAAGUGAAGUUGUUGAAAAGAUAAAACAAUUAGAAAUUUUGGGAUAAUUGAAUGGUUUAAUAGAUGAAAGAGGUAAAUAUAUUCAUAUUAGAUAAAAUGAAAUUGAGGUAUAUUAUACGUUUUAAAAAAUAGAGUUUAAUAAAUUAUAUAAAUGCAAGAGGGAGAAUGACUAGGAGUGAAUUACUAAAUGAGAGUAAUCGAAUAAUCAAAUUAGAACCUUCAAAAUAGGAUUUACAAAAGAUUUAAGAGGAAGAACAAAAAUUGUUAAACGAUUUAUAAUAGGAAUUAUAACAAUGA